CCCACAGACCGCGGCGCUAUAUAGAUCCCAGAUCCCGCGGUGAGCCACAAGUCCUCCACACAGGAUCUACAACCUACAACAUGAAGGUGGCGUGUCUUCUCCUCUGUCUGGCGGUCUGCGUGUUGGUGGCGUCUGCCCAGCUGUACGACGGCCUGUUCCGGAGGUUGAUGAGGGGAUACGCCAGGGACGUCAUGCCAGCCACGUCCCUCAACUCCACCGUCAACGUCAAGUUCGGCUUGAACCUCAUACAAGUCCACGACCUGAGCGUAUCCUUACAGCUGCUGAAGUCGGAGGUGUGGUUAACGUUGUCGUGGCAAGACACGCGGCUGUCCUGGGAUCCCGCGUCGCACGACAACGUUCAGAAAAUAGCCGUCCCUUCAGGCAAGGUGUGGAUUCCUGACAUCAUGCUGUUUAACGGGGCGUCUGGUAUCCGUGCUGCCACAGUCCAGGCGUUAGUCUACAGUGACGGAACUGUGUUUCUUAUCCGGCCAGCCACUAUCAGAUCGCAGUGUGCCGUCCUCCCCGGAAGUGAGCCGACCACAUGCACCCUUAAGUUCGGGUCAUGGGUUCACAACGGAAAUGAACUCGAUCUGGAUUUCCAAGGGGAGCAUACGGCUGACCUCACUGAAUAUGUCCCAAACUACGACUUCGACAUCGCAAACGUCACAGCUAAGCGCAACGUCAUUGUCUACGAUUGCUGCCCGGAACGGUACAUUGACCUCUCCUACAAGCUGACCUUCAGGCCUGCUGCUGGGAGGACCAGAAGGAGGCGAUAGACGCCGCCUGCAGCAGCUACAUUGCUGGAUUCAGAUGGAACUGAACAGAUUCAUUGCCAUAGUUCUAUAUAAUCUGUUACGUUCCGUAGAGAGGAAGGUUUGGAUGACAGGUUAUUCCGUAAACCAAUACAGGGGGGCACGUGGUCCUCCCUGUUCAACAGGACGUUAUAGUAUACAUUUAGCCUUUGCAAGUAUAGAGAGAAUCUGGAACUUAACACAGCUGGAGAAAGGACAUAGAUCUGAUGUUUGUUGGGCGUGUAUGGAUCUUGCUUGUUUUACUAGUCACCAUACAGCAGGGAAACAAGACUGAGAGGUCCAUUCCAUGAUGCAGGUAUUUUCGGAACGGAUAUCUCUCUGUUGAGCAUGUGUCCAUAUAUACGGAUAAAUAAACAAAUCAAUUAUU